CGAAUGGACUCGGAACUAGGAAGCUGUGGCGGAGUUAUCGUUCAUUCAAGAUGGCGGCACAUUUAAACAAACCCACUGAUUUUAUUCCUGGAAGUGAAAAGUUGUUCGAAAUCCAAGUGGCCAAAUAAACAUGGAGUUGUUGCCUCCGUCCAUGUUCAAAAGUACAAAGAUCAAACCAGAUGCCUGGAAAGAGUUGGCAAAAGCCACAAAUGAGAUUCUACAACUGAAGGAUGAAAACCAAAGAUUAAGAAAUGCAAACAGGAUAGCAAUACCAAGCGAUUCAGAAAUCAAUGCCAAUGUGAAGAUAAUUAAACAAGUGUCAAGCGAUGAAGGCAGAUACAUGUACGCUGAUGAACUGAUAAGUCGACAGGCGACGGAGAUUGACAAGGUAAAAGGUGAGCUGAGACGAGAGCGCUGCCAGUAUGACGAGGAGAUCGGUGAACUGAAGAAGCAACUGGCCACCCAGGAGAGAGACCAUGAUCGGUACGUGGCGUCACUACAGGAUUCACUCCGAGACAGAGACCGCAGAUAUGAGGAGCAGGUGGACAGACUGAGUUAUGAGCACCAGAAGGAGAUUGAAGAUUUGACAGCACAGCUCGACAACGUGACAGCACAACUGACCGAGUGUAAGUCUGUGUACAGUAGGAGGAUUCGGGAGCUUGAAGCUGAAGUCGAGUCAAUACGACAAGAUGCGUCAGUCUCCAUCAGACAACUCGAGACGGAAAUACGGUCUAAAAUGGCGACACUGGAGAAUCAAGAAAAACAGAUAGCACAGAUGAAGAUCUACAUUGGAGAGGCAGAAAAGACCUACAAACCGGCUGAAGCAUGGAUCAAGGAAAACGAAACGCUUCAAAACAAACUCAAAAUUCUGGAAGCCGAGAAGGAGAAUCUGGAAUCCAGUAUUGAACUUCUCAACGUUCGUCUGUCAUCAAUCACAAAGAUAUUAAAUGUCCAGGAAUGUGAAAUAUCAAAGGCCAAAGCCAGUCAUCUGGAUAAAAAUAAACAAGAGUCUCUACUCAUCAGCAGGUGGAGAGAUAAAGUGUUUGCUUUGUUGGUUCAGCUAGAGUCAGCUGAAAUCAUAAGAAAGAAGAACGAUCAAAACUGGACAUAUAAAGUUUCUGAUCUAGAAGAAAAGCUGUCAACAUCAGAAAAUGAUCUUGAGGUACUAUCACAGAGCUUGUCUGUUAAGACUGCAGAACUUCAGAUGGAGAUGAAUAACAAUAAGAAAUUACAAGUGGAAAUCACACAGGCUCAGCAGAUUGCCCUGGCCCUGGAUGAUCAACUGAGAGAAAACCGAGGGCACUUGGAGCAGCUUGUGUGCUAUGUUCAAAGUAUAGAGAGCAAAUCUCAGGCUACGUUUGCUCUCCUGCAGACCACACUGUCAACACUGAAGACUUACAAUCAAAGAAUCAGCUUCGCAGGUAGCAGGAUAGAAAUGUUACAAGGUCAGUUUUCCCGAAGGGAUGCACUUCUCAGGUUGCAAUAUACUGAUAAGCAAAAAGCAGAACAAGACCUGCCGAAUGCAGACACUCAGUCCACACCAAGUGCUAGUCACAUAUGUGAAGAGCUUGAGAAAGUCACUAAGGAGAGAGAUAUGCUGGCGGCACAGAUGAGAGAAGAUUCGCUCAUGUGGAAUGGCAGGCUCGAUGAUGUCAGAUCACAGUAUGAAAAUGAGAUCAUUUCACUUAAGAAGACUAUAGAGGACCUUGAAUUUACAGUGCAGCAGAAAUCACAGACUUGUGCCAGCUUAAGUGAACGGCUUGAGCAGUGUCAUGCUCAGAUGGAAGAAUUGUCAGAAAGAAAUGAAGAUUUAAAAACAAAUUUGGCAAAACAGCAGCUCAGCAUGCAAAACGCCCUUGAAGAACAGAAAGCAGCAGAUGAAUCCAGGAAUGCUGAGGCUUUUGCUGAAUUAGACAGAAAACUCAAUGAGGCGAAACGGGAAGCGACAAAAACAGUGAUACACCUUCGACAGCUGGAGCGUCAGAGUACGCGAGAGAAAGAACGAGCAGCUGAACAGUUGCGAACGACAGAAGAACACUACAAACGACAGCUGCAAAAGCUGCAAGAAAAACUAAUAGCCACUGAGCGGGACAGAAAUAUGUUAAUGGCAACUCUGAGACAGGAGGGUCUGGUCAGCAGGUUGAGGUCUGACCGAGAGGAGCCUGUUCAGCUGGAACUGGACGAUGUUCCUCAACAAGAUGAAAACAUUUUGAGAGAACAACCAGAUACACAAGAAGACGAGCCUCUAGAGUCGGUUUUGGAAGAUUUGAAAGUCUUGACAGCUGCUGUUAUGAAUGAGGAGUCACCUUCAGAAGAAAAUGAAGACUACUAACCAAAUAGCAAUAACAGUUGCCUUGUUUUAACUCUUACUUAGCUGAAUGGUGUGCCAUCAGUUUGAUAAUUAUGUUGUGGAUGAAACGGCAUGCUCUACAAGUCGCCGUUAAUCUGACAUCAAUAAAAGGCUUGGUACAUGUCAAGUACCAUUUCAGUGCAGUGAAAUGUUAAAAAACCCGAACAUUUACAUAUGCGAGGUCGUUGUGUAUUCCAAGCAGUAGACUUCUCUUAUAGAGAAGGAAUGGGUAACUGACCACCUAAGAUGUGAUGGAUGAGGAUCAACCCAUUUCCUCCAAUGAAGAAAGUGCUGGGAUGCCUACACAUCCUAAUGUACUUUUGAAGAAAUCCUUAGUAGACAAUCUUCGGUGCAGUUUGGUCCAAAUGUGAAAUACGAGACGUCUCCAUUUACAAAACUGGUUAAGAACAGAGGUUGUCAAUAACUUACUUGGAGAAUACAGCAAAAGUUUAGAAAAACUGUUUAGCUGUAAUGAAUGUGUUUAGAGCAACAUUGUGAUAUAUGUCGGGUAUUUCCUGAUAAUGUAACAUACUGUGAUAUUCAUGUAAUACUUGAUGGCAAUAAAUAAUUGCUCCGGAAGUGGGUUUUUUUUUAAUGACCCCGAAUUAAGGAUUCAAAUUGAAAUCCAAAAUCAUAUUAGUGCAUUUCAGCCAUUUUUAAGCUUCAAGGACAAUUCUGUUACUGAAUAAUCACCCACUGGAAUAUAGCGGUCAUCAAAGUUACUAGCUCAGUUUACUUUAUGAAGGCUUAUUCAUGGAGAACAAGAGUUUUAUAAUUUAUUUUUAUUUUAUUAUGACACAAAAUACAUAUUAACAAAUUUAUCAACAUUUUCUAUU